UUUAAUUUAAUUUAAUUUAUAAAUGUCAGACUGAGGCGAUAAAAACACAGACACACAGUAUCCACCGGGUGGCGCUGAUGCUCCGGUGUAACGUCUGUUCCCGCCUCAACACCACCGAAGAAGAAGCGAGAGGACAGAAUCAUUACCGGGUUACAAAACAACCGCAGCACCUCCAGCAGCAGCGGCCGUUGUUCGCAGCUCGCGCCAUGGCGGCAGUACGUAGCUUACGGGUGUCGGUGAAAUCAGACAGCGGCUCGGACCGCUCGGACUCAGACUCCGACUCCGAGUCGGACAGAGAUGCCCGCGAAGCCGAACCGAUGGAGGUGGAGGAGGGAGAGCUGGAGGCGGAGGACAUCUCCGUUAACCGUUCCCUGAAGGAGCUGCUACCGGAUACGAGCCGGCGAUAUGAGAACAAGGCUGGAGCGUUCAUCACCGGGAUUGAUGUCAACUCAAAGGAGGCGAUCGAGAGAAAAGAGAAGCGAGCCAGACGUUUCCAUUUCCGUCCAGAGGAGCAUGUCGAUCAGAGGAACGUCUUCUUGGAUAAAGACACCAUGAAGAAAGCUAUCCCCAAAGUGCGCAUGGAGGCCAUCUACGUGACGGGCGUGGAUGACAUGAGCACGCAGGACGUCUUCGGAUACUUUAAGGAAUAUCCUCCAGCACACAUCGAGUGGAUCGACGACACUUCCUGUAACGUGGUUUGGCUCGAUGACAACACAUCCAUCCGCGCCCUCAUCAACAGCAGCCAGAUGCCUGACGAGCAGACAGUUACCGCGGAAACAGAAAGGACGGAGCGAGCCGGCGCACAGAGCAAAGGUCGCCGGAGUCAAGGGUCAGAUGACGAUGAGGACGAUGAAGAGGAGGAGGGCGAGGUGGAAGAGGACGAGGAGGAAACUGUGAAGAAGAGCGGUGAGGAGAUCGAGGUGAAAGACAGCGAUGGAGAGGCGGAGCAGAAGACGAAGGCGGAGAGCGUUCAGGUGGAUGACCUGUCGAGGGCAGAGAGAGAGUCUCUGCUGAGAAACGACCUGCGACCCGCCACCAGAGCCUUCAAAGGAAACAAACUCUUCCUGCGCUUCGCCACACACGAUGAUAAGAAGGAGCUGGGCGCCGCUCGUCGCAGCCGAUACUACAUGAAAUACGGAAACCCGAACUACGGCGGCAUGAAGGGGAUCCUCAGUAACUCCUGGAAGAGGAGGUAUCACAACCGGAGGAUCCAACGAGACGUCAUCAAGAGCAAGAAGCCUCUGAUCGGAGACAGCAUGGGACACACGCCGCCAUACACACAUCGACACUCUGCUGACCUGGUCAACCUGCCCGAGGAGCCCAUCAAGGAGGAGGAGGAAGAGGAGGAGGAGGAGGAGGAACGUGACGAGGACAUGGACUCAGACGACAGGGUGGUCGAGUACAAAGAGCGAGGCGAAAGGGGCAGUGGCUCGCGCUCGCUGGGGGCGGGGCUUCGCAGCCACGCAGAGCGCUCUCCGUCGCCGUGGUCGGAGUCAGACGAGAUGGACUAUGACCUGGAGCUGAAGAUGAUCUCCACACCGUCGCCAAAGAAGAGCAAGAAGAUGACGAUGUACGCCGAUGAGCUGGACACUCAGCUGAAGAGCAUCCGGAACAGAGUUGGUGGGUCAGGAUCACAGCCCAGGGCCAAAUCACCGUCUCCCGCCAAGGUGACAGACGUUCGUCAGCUGCUGGAGGAGAAGAGACAGGGACUGUCUCAGCACAGACAGACGCCCCCGGUGGUCACCAGUGGAAAGACAGACGUGCGGCAGCGGCUGGGGAAGAGACGCUACUCUCCCGAAAGACGGCGCUCCCCCUCCCCCGUCUCCACCAGAGACACGCCUCCGGCCAGAGAACCAAUCAGAGACGUGCAUCGCAGACUGGGCGUGGCCAGUCAAGACACCAGAGGCGUCUACUCCAAUUCAUCCAAAGACAGGAAGACAGGUGGGUUGUGGAGCAGACUCGGCUCCGCUGAAGAUGACAGCAGCGGCAGCCAUCACGAGCGUAGGUCGAGCAGCCGGUCAGCGGGUCUUUUCUCCUCGGGGAGGAAGGACGUCAGCGAGGGCAGCGGCAGGAAACGCGGCAACGGAGAGGAGGAAGAGGAGGUGGAGGAGGAAGACGACUCAACGCUGCAGAAGAUGUGGGGCGCCAUGAUCAAACAGAAACAGGAGCGUAUGUCCCACAAGAUGAAGAAGAGCCGGCUGGACAACCUGCCGUCGCUGCAGAUCGAGAUCAGCCGCGACAGCAGCGACGACUCUGACGCCUGAGACUGAGCUGCGGGAGGAGGGGGAGCAGGGGGG